AUGUGCGUUAUAAAAGGAGGAUGUGAAUUUGUUGAUGGAAUAGAGAUAGAUUGGAAAAAUUUUAAAAGGGAUAUAAAUUGUCACAUCGGGGGCACUGAUGCAAAUUUGUUGAUUACAAAGCUUCAGAAUCGUAAAGAGAAUGCUACAAAUUUUACAUACGAAUACAGAUGUGACAAGAAGCAGUUAAAUGCUCUUUUUUGGGCUGAUGACACUUCAAAACAAAACUUUGAGUUAUUUGGGGACGUUGUUUCGUUUGACGCAACAUAUCGUACAAACAGGUAUUGUAUGGUAUUUGUACCUUUUACUGGCAUUGAUAAUCACAAAAGGUGCAUCACUUUUGGAGCUGGUUUGUUGUGUAGAGAAGAUACAAAUUCCUAUAUUUGGUUACUUCGGUCAUUCUUGAAGUGUUUUGGAAAAGCACCAAUCAUGGUCAUGACCGAUCAAGAUCCAGCAAUGAAAAAAGCUAUUGAGAUAGUAUUUCCAUACACAAAACAUAGAUUUUGUAUGUGGCAUAUCACAAGUAAGCUGGGAAACAAUGAAUGA